AGAUUGGGGAGAGGCGCUUCCCAUUUGAAGGAAGACAGUCCUCAAGGAAGGAGCAUCUUUGUAAGCCACCAGGAGGAGACCCUGUGCAUCACAUCCACCACUGCUGGACCGCAGGAGACCAGGAGAUCUGACUCCACAGAGCUUCCAUAGAGCAGAUCCAUUCAUGUUGGAGUGAACCUGAAAAGUCAAAGGAAUGAAAAUUCGGCUCUACUUUGCAGUGACGGCACUAUGUGCUGCCCUGCUCUUAUCUUCUAUAGAGGCAGAAGUUGGGCCUCCUACAGAUCUAAAUUUCGAAAUAGUAAAUGAGAAUACUGUUCAAAUGUCAUGGCAAAGGCCAGCUGAGAGGAUAACAGGGUACAAGAUUACAAUUGUUCCAACAAUCGAUGGUCCUGCAAAAGAAUUGGAUCUUCCAGCUUCCGCAACCCAAACUGUGCUAACAGAACUUAUAACAGAUGUUGAAUAUGCUGUCACCAUACUUUCGUAUGAUGAAGUGGAGGAAAGUUUACCUGUGUUUGGCCAACUUACAAUUCAAACGGGAGGCCGUGUAACGACAGAAGAAAAGAAAGUUGUAACCACUGAUUUACCACGGUGUUCUAUUAGUGCUGUUGCUGAUGUAGUUUUUCUUGUGGAUGGCUCUUGGAGUGUGGGAAGAGCCAACUUCAAAUAUAUUCUUGACUUCAUGACUUCCUUGGUUUCGGCAUUUGACAUUGGUGAAGACAAGACAAGGGUUGGCGUUGUCCAGUACAGCUCUGAUACCAGGACAGAGUUUAACCUGAACAAAUAUUUUAAGAAGAAUGAGUUAUUGGCUGCAAUUAAGAGAAUACCUUACAAAGGAGGAAAUACAAUGACAGGUGAAGCCAUAGAUUACUUGAUAAGAAAUUCCUUUGUCCAAUCCGCUGGCUCCAGGAAAGGAUUUCCCAGAAUUGCAAUUAUUAUUACUGAUGGAAAAUCCCAAGAUGAAGUUGAAAUUCCUGCAAAGGAGCUUCAGAAUUUAGGAGUUGAAGUAUUCACAUUGGGAAUUAAGGCAGCCGAUGCAAAGGAACUGAAACAAAUGGCCUCCUUACCUUCUUUAAAGCACGUUUACAGUGUUUCCAAUUUUGAUAACAUAGACGAAGUGCAGAAUGAAAUCAUUGCUCAAGUUUGCUCUGGAGUUGAUGAUCAACUAAGUGAACUUAUUAGUGGAGAAGAAGCUGUGGAUCCUCCUUCAGACUUGAUGGUCAAAGAAAUAUCUUCCAAAUCCAUGAAGAUCACCUGGAGGCCUUCACCGAGCCAAAUCACAGGCUACAGAGUUCAACUUAUUCCAAUGUUGGCAGGAAGUAAACAACAAGCCUUGAAUGUUGGCCCUCAGACUACAAGCCUAACUCUGAAGGAUCUUUCCCCAGAUACAGAGUACCAGAUUAAUGUAUUUGCAAUGAAAGAACUCACAGCAAGUGAGCCAAUCUCAACAUUGGAAAAAACUCAGGCAACGAAAAUAAGAGUUGAGUGUUCUGGCGGUCAGGAUAUAAAAGCUGAUGUCGUCCUCCUUGUUGAUGGCUCCUAUAGUAUUGGAGUUGCAAAUUUUGCAAAAGUUAGAGCCUUCCUGGAAGUGCUAGUGAAAAGCUUUGACAUCUCACCCAGCAAAGUCCGGAUCAGUCUUGUACAGUACAGCCGGGAUCCAUAUACAGAAUUUGCAUUGAACAAGUUUGACUCAAUUGAAGAUAUUCUUCAUGCAAUUAAUACAUUUCCAUAUAGAGGGGGUUCUACUAACACUGGCAAGGCUAUGACUUUUGUCAGGGAAAAAGUGCUUGUUGAGAAUAAGGGCGCAAGAUCAGAUGUCCCAAGAGUCAUGAUACUGAUUACUGAUGGAAAGUCUUCAGAUGCGUUUAAAGACCCAGCUAUGAAGUUGAGAAACUCAGAUGUGGACAUUUUUGCUGUUGGUGUUAAAGAUGCAGUAAGAAGUGAACUGGAAGCAAUUGCUUCCCCACCUGCCGAUACCCAUGUCUACACAGUAGAAGAUUUUGAUGCUUUCCAAAGAAUUUCAUUUGAGCUAACCCAAUCAAUUUGUCUUCGCAUUGAACAGGAACUGGAAACAAUAAAAAGGAAAUCAUUAACUCCUGCUCAGAAUCUGGCAUUCUCUGAAGUUACAUCCAAGAGCUUCAGAGUAAGCUGGUCACCAGCAGCUGAAGAUGUUCUAUCCUACCUUGUCAAAUACAAAGUGGCUGUUGGUGGAGAAGAUAUCAUAUUGUCUGUUCCAGGCACAACAACCACCACUGUUCUUUCCAAUCUCCUUCCAGAGACCACUUAUGCUGUAACAGUUUUAGCAGAAUAUGAAGAAGGCCCGAGUCCUCCGUUGGAGGGGGAAGAAACAACUUUAGAAGUGAAAGGAGCCCCUCGAAACCUUAUAGUAAGCGAUGAGACCAUUGAUAGCUUUAAGGUGGGCUGGUUAUCAGCUCCUGGAAAUGUCUUGAGGUACAGGAUUGGAUAUCGUCCUGUUUCUGGGGGAGAACGAAAAGAAGUAACAGUCCCAGGAAAUGAAAGAGCAGUGACACUACAAAAUCUCUUGUCAGACACAAAGUACCAUGUAUCUGUCACACCUGAAUAUCGCUCAGGUCCAGGGAAGCCUUUACUAGGAAAUGGAGCUACUGAGGAAGUAUUAGGAGAGCCAAGAAAUCUGAAAGUUUAUGAUGCUACGACAUCUAGCUUGAGGUUGUCCUGGGAUGCAGCACCUGGCAAAGUUUUGCAGUACCUUGUGACAUACACACCAGCUGCAGGAGGGGAACCCAAAGAGGUUACUCUAAGAGGAACUGUAACUAAUACAAUGUUAAGAGAACUGGAUGCUGGUACAACAUAUUCCCUCUCUGUAAAUGCUUUAUAUGGAUCAGGAGCUGGCUCUGCCCUCAAUGGUGAAGGGAUUACUCUUGAUGAGCGUGGGUCACCUCGUGAUUUAGUGACUAAGGACAUUACAGACACUACAAUUGGAGCCUCAUGGACAGCAGCUCCAGGAAUGGUUCGAGGUUACCGAAUUUCAUGGAAAUCCUUGUUUGAUGAUGAAUCAGGAGAGAAGAACGUGCCUGGUGAUGUUACAAACACAGUGUUGGAUAACCUUACACCAGAGACAAAGUAUCAAAUCUCAGUUUUUGCUAAUUAUAAAAGCGGUGAGGGACCGCCACUUGAAGGAGAAGCUACAACAGAAGUAUCACUGGAUGCCAAGAAACUAAGAGUGACUGAUGAGACAGAAAAUACUAUGAAAGUGACUUGGACACCGGCUCCAGGGAAUGUGGUGAAUUACCGCGUUUUCUAUCGCCCACGAGCUGGUGGAAGACAAAUGGUUGCCAAAGUACCACCUUCAGUCACCACCACUGUAUUAAAGAAGCUUCAACCCAGGACCACGUAUGAUAUCACAGUUGUCCCAGUAUACAGAUCAGGGGAUGGAAAGGCAAGGCAAGGAGAGGGAACUACAGCCUCUCCCUUCAAACCACCAAGAAACUUAAAAACUUCAGAUCCAACUAUGUCCACAUUCCGCGUGACUUGGGAACCUGCUCCUGGAGAAGUUAAAGGAUAUAAAAUCACUUUUUUUCCACUGGGUGCUGAAGAACAACAGGGGGAAAUGAUAGUUGGUCCAUAUGACAAUACAGUUGUUUUGGAAGAACUCAGGGCCGCAACAUCCUACAAAGUAAAUGUCUUUGGAAUGUUUGACAAAGGAGAAAGUACCCCCUUGAUUGGAGAGGAAAUGACAACUCAAUCAGAUGCCCCUGAAAUUGCUGUUGAUUCUGGCCUGGAGUGCAAAACUAAUGCAGCUGCAGAUAUAGUUUUGCUAGUAGAUGGCUCUUGGAGUAUUGGUCGACCCAAUUUUAGAACUGUGAGAGCCUUCAUCUCUCGACUAGUUGAAGUCUUUGAGAUUGGCCCAGACAGAGUACAGAUUGCUCUUUCUCAGUACAGUGGAGAUCCAAGAACUGAAUGGCAACUAAAUGCGCAUGCAACUAAGAAAUCUCUUAUGGAUGCUGUAGCAAAUCUGCCUUACAAAGGGGGCAACACUCUGACAGGUUUGGCAUUGAAUUUCAUCUUACAAAACAACUUCAGAGCAUCAGCUGGCAUGAGACCCUCGUCACGCAAAAUUGGUGUACUCAUUACUGAUGGAAAGUCACAGGAUGAUAUCGUUGGGCCAUCCAAAAGCCUGAGAGAUGAGGGAAUAGAAUUGUAUGCCAUUGGUAUUAAAAAUGCAGAUGAAAAUGAACUGAAAGAAAUAGCCACCGAUCCUGAUGAGAUCUAUGUCUUCAAUGUCAAUGAUUUCAAUCAGCUAACCAACAUUGUCGAACCCGUCACAACAAAUUUGUGUAAUAGUGUCAAGGGUGGAGGAGAUACAGUGGAACCACCGUCAAAACUGGUGACCUCAGAGCCCACUCCUCGAUCAUUCAGAGUAUCAUGGGUACCUCCAUCUCACAGUGUUGAUAGAUAUAGAGUAGAGUACUAUCCUGUAGCUGGAGGCAGACCUCAACAGGUUAUUGUUAGCAGAAAUGAAAGAUCAACUGUUCUGAUUAAUCUCAAGCCUGAAACUGAAUAUGAAGUUAAAGUAUUUUCAGUGGUGGAAGGAGAAAGCAGUGAGCCAUUGGUUGGCCAGGAGACCACCUUGCCCAUUCCUACCAUUAGAAAUCUGAACACUUAUGACGUUGGAACAACAACAAUGAGAGUCAGAUGGGAAGCAGCUCAAGGGGCUACUGGAUAUCAGUUGUUAUAUGAGCCUGUCAAUGCUACUGUUCCCUCUGUGGAAAAAGAGAUACGUGUUGGCCCAUCAGUCACUGAUGUACGGUUGGAAGAGUUAUUCCCAAACACAUUGUAUACAUUGACCCUUUAUGCGCUUGUUGAUGAACUGACCAGUGACCCACUCACAGCUCAGGAAGUGACAUUGCCAGUUCAAGGUCCUGGAAAUGUCAGGCUUAGAGACAUCACUCAUAGUUCAAUGAAUGUCUUCUGGGAUCCUGCCCCAGGAAAUGUCAGAAAAUAUAUAGUGAGGUACAAAACUGAGGAAGACGAAGAUUUCAAAGAGGUGGAAGUGGAUGGAUCAAGAACUAGUACUCCUUUAACUGACCUUUUCUCACAAACGGAAUAUGAUGUCAGUGUUACUGCAAUCCUGCAAGAUGGAUUAUCAUCUCCUCCACGUGUUACCCGAGGGACCACAGCUCCAGUCCCAACACCCACCAACCUCAGAUUUUCAGAAAUAACUACGAACAGUUUUAGAGGCACCUGGAAUCAUGGUGCCCCGGAUGUGGCAUUGUACAGGAUAAAUUGGGCACCAGUUGGACAGCCAGAAAGAAAGAAAGAGACUAUACUUGAAGGAGAGAAGGACACUUUAGUAUUUGAAGACCUUGAUUCUGAUACACAAUAUGAAGUCUCAGUGACUGCUGUUUACCCUGAUGAAUCUGAAAGUGAAGAUCUUAUUGGAGUUGAGACAACAUUAACAAAAAUUCGUAUAACAACUCCAAUUCCAAGAAACGGUCCCCGUAACCUGCAAGUGUAUAAUGCAACCUCCAGUAGCUUGACUGUUAGAUGGGACCCAGCCAGUGGCAGAGUGCAACGUUACAGAAUAUUUUACCAGCCUGCUGUGGGAGAUAGCUCUGAACAAACGACAACAGUUGGUGGAAGGCAGAGCAGUGUUGUACUGCAGAGACUCCAGCCAGAUACCCCAUACACAAUAACUGUAGCAUCACAGUAUGCCGAAGGGGAAGAAGGAAGAAUUUCAGGAAGAGGAAAGACGAAGCCUUUGAGCACUGUAAGAAAUCUGCGAGUGUAUGACCCAACUACAAGUACUUUAAACGUUCGAUGGGAUGUAGCGGAAGGAAAUGUGCGUCAGUAUAAGGUCUACUAUGUACCUACGGCUGGUGGAACUGAGGAAGUGACAACUGUUCCUGGAAAUACCAUCUAUUCGGUUCUCAGGGGACUUCAGCCAGACACACCCUACACAGUAACUGUGGUCCCUGUUUAUGCUGAAGGAGAUGGAGGUCGCAUAUCUGACACUGGAAGGACAUUGGCACGAGGAAUUGCCAGAAAUCUUCAAGUGUACAACCCCUCAACAAAUUCACUAAAUGUUCGAUGGGAUCCUGCCCCUGGACAGGUUCAGCAAUACAAGGUCAACUAUGCUCCUCUCCUUGGAACUACAGUUUCAGAAUUUGUUGUGGUUCCUGGCAAUACUCACAAUGUGUUACUGGAGCGCCUGAUCCCUGAUACUGAUUACUCUGUGAAUGUGGUGGCCAUGUAUGCUGAUGGAGAAGCCGAGCCGAGCACUGGACAGGGAAAAACAUUACCCCGAAGUGGGCCAAGGAACAUUAGAGUUUUUGGAGAGACAACUAACAGUCUUUCAGUAAGCUGGGAUCAUGCUGACGGUGAAGUCCAACAAUAUAGAAUUAUCUAUGCACCAACUGUUGGCGAUCCUAUUGAUGAAUAUACAACUGUUCCUGGUAGAAGAAACAAUGUGGUCUUACAACCCUUGUUGCCAGACACUCCAUAUAAAAUCACUGUGGUAGCUGUGUAUGCAGAUGGGGAUGGCGGGCAACUGACUGGAAAUGGAAAAACAGCUGGCUUGCUUGCACCAACAAAUCUACAAGUUUCUGAUGAAUGGUACACCAGAUUCCGGGUAUCUUGGGAUAGAGCAACCUCUCCAGUUCUUGGCUAUAAACUUGUAUACCAGCCACAUGAUGCUGACGAAUCUAUGGAAGUAUUUGUUGGUGAUGUGAGCUCAUACACUCUUCAAAAUCUAAAUCCUGGAACUACCUAUGACGUUAAUGUGUAUGCUCAGUAUGAUACCGGGCUAAGUGGACCACUCAGAGGACCUGGAACCACCUUGUACCUGAAUGUGACUGAUCUGACAAGCUACCAAGUGUCAUGGGAUUCAAUGUGUUUUAGGUGGACACCUCACAGAGCUGCAACGUCCUACAGAGUCAAGCUGAAUCCAGUUGAUGGGUCUCGUGGACAGGAAAUAACAGUGCCUUCAUCAGAGUCAUCAAACUGUUUUACUGGUCUGAACCCCGACACCGAAUAUACUGCCACCGUAUAUGUACAGACACAAAAUCUUGAGGGCAGUGUAGUUUCAACCAAAGAACGCACUUUGAUAAAGCCAACAGAAGCCCCAACCGAACCUCCUGCUCCUCCUCCACCUCCCACAAUACCUCCAGCCCGUGAAGUGUGCAAAGGAGCAAAAGCAGAUAUUGUCUUCCUAAUCGACAGUUCCUGGAGUAUUGGGGAUGAUAACUUCAACAAAGUCCGACAGUUCAUUUUUAACACUAUUGGAGCUUUCGAUGUGGUCAAUCCUAGAGGCAUUCAGGUUUCAUUUGUGCAGUUCAGUGAUGAAGCCCAAACUGAAUUCAAGUUAAAUACUUUUGCCGAUAAGGCACAAGCUCUGGGUGCUCUAGCUACCAUCCGAUACAAGGGAGGAAACACAAAAACAGGAAAAGCUUUGAAGUUUGUACGGGAUAAGGUUUUGACUUACGAAAAUGGAAUGAGAAGAUCUGUUCCCAAGGUGCUAGUAGUAGUGACUGAUGGAAGAUCCCAGGAUGAAGUGAAGAAGUCUGCCAUGGAUAUUCAGCACUCUGGAUUUAGCGUAUUCGUGAUUGGAGUGGCUGACGUGGAUUAUAACGAGCUUGCAAAUAUAGCUAGCAAACCAAGCGAACGUCAUGUCUUCAUUGUUGAUGACUUUGAUGCCUUUGAGAAGAUUGAAGAUAAUUUGAUCACCUUUGUUUGUGAAACUGCAACUUCGACUUGCCCGCUCAUAUACCUUGAUGGAUACACAUCCCCUGGCUUCAGAAUGCUAGAGGCAUACAAUCUUACAGAAAAGACUUAUGCGUCAGUCCAAGGUGUCUCCAUGCAAACCGGUUCUCUCAACAGCUUCCCUGCGUAUAAUCUUCAGAAAGAUGCCUUCCUCUCAAUACCUACCACAGAGCUACAUCCUGACGGAUUGCCACCAUCCUACACUAUCAUUCUAUUAUUCCGUGUGCUCCCUGAGACCCCCAGUGAGCCAUUCUCAAUAUGGCAGGUUACAGACAAGGGCUAUAAACCUUUAACUGGAGUGACUCUGGAUGGAUCCAAAAGAACACUCUCAUUCUUCAACAAGGGAGCCACAGGCGAGACUCAGACAGUAACAUUUGAUGGUGAUGAAAUACAGAAGCUCUUUUUUGGAAGCUUUCACAAGGUCCACAUUGUGGUGUCUCCUUCAUAUGUGAGAAUUUAUGUUGACUGUAGUGAAGUGGCAGAGAAACCAAUUAAAGAAGCUGGUAGCAUUUCAACAGAUGGAUAUGAAGUACUCGGGAAGCUCAGGGGUGACAGAAAAUCUGCUCCAUUCCUUCUCCAGAUGUUUGACAUUGUAUGUACUGUGACCUGGACAAGCCGGGAUAGAUGCUGUGAUAUUCCUUCAAUGAGAGAUGAAGCUAAGUGCCCAGCCCUGCCUCAUGCCUGUACUUGUGCACAAGACAGUGUAGGAGCUCCAGGACCAGCCGGCCCAUCUGGUAUGCCUGGUAGCAAAGGUCCCAGAGGUGACAGGGGUGUAAAUGGACCUUCUGGCCCCCCAGGGCAGCGAGGGGAACCAGGCCUACCUGGUCCACAAGGGCCUCCUGGACCUCAAGGACCUCCUGGAAUUUCUAUUCCUGGAGAACCUGGUCGUCAAGGAAUAAAGGGUGAUCAAGGUGACCCUGGAUUGCCAGGAAGAAUUGGAUCUCCUGGUGUAACUGGACCACCUGGAGCUAUAGGACCGACAGGACCAAGGGGUUUCACAGGCAAAGAUGGACCUGCCGGACCUAGAGGUCCACCUGGGCCAGUGGGAGCACCAGGAGCACAAGGAGUACCCGGUCCAAGUGGGAUACCAGGAAAACAGGGAGAUAAUGGUUUACCUGGUCCUCCAGGCCAGAAAGGAGACAGGGGUGACAGGGGAAAUAUAGCUUCCCAGAACAUGAUGAGGUCAGUUGCAAGACAAGUUUGUGAACAGAUGAUCAACAAUCAAAUGAGCAGAUUUAAUCAAAUGCUGAACCAGAUUCCAAAUGAUUAUUAUUCCAACCGCAAUCAGCCAGGACCACCAGGUCCACCAGGUCCUGCAGGCAGCGCUGGACCAAGAGGUGAACCUGGCGCUUCAGGCAGUUCUGGUUUCCCAGGAUCACCUGGUCUUCAAGGACCACCUGGAGAAAGAGGUUUACCAGGAGAAAAGGGAGAGAGAGGCAACCCUGGAAUUGGAUCUCAAGGACCCAGAGGGCUUCUUGGACCUCCAGGACCACCAGGUGACUCCAGGACAGGACCUCCAGGAUCUCCAGGCUCCUCAGGGCCACCAGGACCUCCUGGUCGCCCAGGUAACCAAGGAAUUAGAGGUCCUUCAGGACCACCUGGAUACUGUGACGCAUCACUAUGUGCAAGCAUUCCUUACAACGGGCAAGGAUACCCAGAACCUUAUCAACCAGAAAGUGGACCCAUUGAGCCUGACAAUCAACCAUACGCGGUCCAUAUGCAACCAGAAAGACCAGAUGAGGAGGACUAUGAAAAUCAUGAAUAUGCUGAACAUAGGCGAUGGAGAAGAUCCCUAAGAAAGAAUGUAGUGAAAUCAUAAAUGGUUUUGUAUUUUGUUUACUUGAUCUUGAUCAGCAGAUAAAUGCAAAGUAAGCUGGUUGUAUGUUUCCACAAGUCACUUUGGGGUGCUACAGUCAUGAAAUGCACUUACAUAUAUGCACACAUGCCAUUUCCUGUGAGCGCUGCAUCAAGUAGAUCUUACCAUAUGAACCACAUGCAGUUUCUUGUCUGUUGCUCUCAUAUUUGCCUGUAAUAUAUGUUGUGCUUGCAGUGUCAAUUGCCUUGUCCAAAUGUGUGAAUAAAGAUGAUAAUUUUAUUUCAAUGCUACAUAGUACAAACCUAAACGAGAAACAAACUUCCAAGCAGCUUUGUGUCGGAACAAUGUUGCCUGUACCCUGCAUCUAAAACCAUAUUGCGGCCCUAGUAGCCAUACCAAGUGUCCCAUCAUUCCUUCUCCCAUCCUAAGCCUCGAUUAUACCUUGUGGGGGAUAUAAUGCUUUUAUACUCUGCCUACCUUUAAGCAUCCAGAAAACCUUUUUACAUAGCUAAAUAUACUGUGCCCAUUAGGUUCAGGAUUAUAUUGUAGACACAUUAACAGUUAUAUUUAUGUCAACUUGCAGUCAAUCCUGCAGAAAAUGAAAUUGCAUGUUUGUGCUGUAUAUUUAGUAUGAACCAUUUUCAGAAUAUAAUGUUCUCAAAGUGUCUUAGAUUCUUAGUUCUCAAAGCAGUUUGAAGACUAUGAAAAUAGAUCUGCUAUUUCAGAAUUUUUAACUGCAAAUUGUGAAUUUCACUGCCUUAUAUUUUUAUUUAUUUCUGAAAAAAGAGGCGUUUUUCAAUAAAACUACUGAAAAUAA